AUGGAGCGCCUGUCGAACAACUCGAACGAGGGCGCUGUAUGCGCUGUGCUACCCAUGCCGACCAAAGUCACAGAUAUUGACAACUUGCCAGAAGUGUUACACGAAGAGACGAUAGGGUCUCCAACGGAGCGUGUCAUGCGCAAACGCCCAAGCGUGCAAUUCUCUGAGCGCAGCUCACGCCAUUCCUUCACCCCUCGGAACUCUUUCACGCCCAAGCUAUUUAGCACGUUCUCGCAGGCGGACUUGAAGCUGAGGGAGAGUGCAGAAACUGCUGAUGGCGCCAACUCUCGGAAGAGGUUCGCUACAUUCAAGGGCAAUAGCCUGGAUCACAUGCGCGAUCCAACUUCCUGCUUCCAAAAGUUGGUCGGCCAUCCUUUUUUCGACUGGUUCUUCGCAGUCGUUGUCCUGCUGAAUGCAAUUUUCAUCGGAGUUGACGUGCAGCUGAGCAUUGGAACUAUCGAUCUGCGACCCAUGCACAUACAGGUGAUGCAGUACUGUUUUACCAGUCUCUUCACGAUCGAGCUGGCACUUCGUUUUGCAGCGAACGGCCUGGGAUUAUUGUGCCUGGACGACUGGAUGUGGAGCCUGCUUGACGUGUUCAUUGUGGCAACAUCCCUCUGGGAGGUCGUUGUGGACAUUGUAACCGCCGUCGAAGCUGUGGACAGCAACAUUGACAAGAUUGCUGGGAUUUCAAGCUUGAAAGUGUUUCGCAUCAUACGCAUCACGCGCAUUGUCAAGACUAUACAGCUGAUGCGUGUGUUUCGCUUUGUCAUGGCGUUCCGGACGCUGAUCUCCUCCAUCUUCCACACCUUGAAGGCACUGUUUUGGGCACUGAUUUUGCUGCUCCUCAUCGUCUACGUGUUUGCGGUCUUGUUCACGCAAGCUGUGAAUACUCACGUAUCUGAUCCGGAGGCCCCAAGGCUGUCUCAGACCAACCUGGAGAAUUCUGCACGAUACUUUGGUUCCCUGCCUGAGACCAUGCUCACCUUGUUUAUGGCAAUUUCAAACGGUGUGAGCUGGGAAGAAAUCCUGUGCCCGCUGCGGGCCAUCUCCGGCGCUUGGGUUUUGCUCUUCCUUUUCUAUGUGGCUUUCACGUAUUUUGCUGUGCUGAACGUGGUCACCGGGGUGUUUUGCCAGUCAGCAAUUGACAGCGCGCAAAACGACCAUGCCACUCUUGUGCAGUCGAUGUUGGCCAACAAGGAGGCGCACCUGCAUGAAAUACGAGCAUUGUUCAGUAAGCUGGGCGCAGCCGAUUCUGGCGUUAUCACCUAUGCCAUGUUCGAGGAGAAGAUUGACUCACCCGCUGUGCGCGAGUACUUCGAAACCCUCGGGCUUGACGUUUGGGAUGCUUGGUCAUUUUUCAAACUUUUGGAUCUUGAUGGAGGUGGCGCCGUCGAGAUAGAAGAGUUUUUUAAAGGCUGUCUUCGCUUGCGAGGGCAGGCGCGGGCCGUGGACAUCGGCAAGAUUAUGCAUGACCAGACGUGGCUGAUCAAGAGCCAGGGUCGCUUCCACACCUAUAUGGAAACUGAGCUGAAGAAUCUCCAUCGCGAGAUCGCAGCGGUGAGACUUGGUGCUUGCCAGGACGAGCAAUCGCCCAGAACUCUGCUUUCCAGCAAGUCUCCCCAACACAAGAAGUUGCGGAGCAGACAGGGUAGCUUAAGUGAGCUCAGAGAAAAAGAGUAG